AUAUAUAAUAUAUAUACAUGGACGCUUUGUAUUUUGAAAUUACUUGUGCUUAACUAAAGAGGGGAAGAAGAGAGUGGUGAGUCAGCGAAGAAGAAAAUGGCAGGAUUGUUCGAUAAGCAGGUAGAUCUGUACGCGGACGCCAGACCAACCUAUCCGAGUCAGUGGUAUUCGAUGCUCGCCGAUCGCACUCUUCACCACUCGUUGGCUUGGGAUGUCGGCACCGGAAACGGACAAGCUGCAAUCGGCGUCGCAGAGCACUAUGAACGUGUAAUAGGAACAGACAUCAGCGAAGCCCAGUUGAAACGAGCAAUGGAUCACCCAAGAGUCACCUACCACCACACUCCAUUACCCUUCAACGAUAACCAAAUCGUGAGCUUAAUCGGAGAAGAAAACUCAGUGGAUUUAAUCACAGUAGCCCAAGCCGUUCACUGGUUCGACCUCCCCAAAUUUUACUCCACCGUCACGCGCCUCCUCCGCAAACCGGGAGGCGUCAUCGCCGUCUGGUGCUACAACGACAUUACUGUGAGCCCUGAAUUUGACAGCGUAAUGAAACGUUUCCACGACACAACACUCCCGUACUGGCACCCCAACAUCCGCCACGUGUUUGAUGGGUACAAAACGCUGCCGUUUCCGUUUGAGAGCGUUGGCUUAGGUUGCGAAGGGCAGCCACUGGCGCUGGACAUACCCAAGAAGCUGUCGUGCGAGAUGGUGUUGGAUAUGUUUAGGUCGUGGUCGGCGGUGGUCACGGCGAGAGAGCGAGGGGUUGAGUUGUUGGGUCCGAGUGUGGUUGAUGAGCUGGUCACUGCUUGGGGCGGACCCAACUUGGUCAGAUCGGUUACUUAUAAAGCUUUUAUGCGCGCCGGAGAAGUCAAGAUGUAGGGAGAAAUUACUAAAUUAAUAAAUUUGAUGGAUAAUUAUUAUUA